UUAUAGUUCCUUGUUGCUGUGAACUACCAUUCCCAAGGAAGCUUUUGCAAAGUGCCUGCCUCGGACGUCCCCUUUUAAAGCAGCCGCGGCUAUUUUAAUAAUGAUAAUUGUUAUUCAUUUAUUUUUUUAAGCCAAUGCACAAGGCAAGGGAAAGAGAGAGGAGGGUGCAGACCCGGGAUUUGGAAGAGAGGAGCUGAGCAGGCGCCUCGCUCGGGCUGCAGAAAGUCACGCACGCCGAGCAGCAGUUUUUGCAGGGCGUUUUCUUCCGCGUAAAGCCACAAAGGAUCGGGCCGCCAGGAGAUCGGCUGCUGGCUUUGCUCUGGAAGGGCAGCGAGACGCAUCUCCGGGGUCUGUGCCGGGAGAAAGAAGGAAUUUAUAUUCACUUUCCUCCCCCAAGACACGUUGUUGUUUUGGGGUCUGGGGAUCUCUCCUUGCGGGGAGGAAGGAGCACGUGGCUUUGGAUCUGAGGAGAAAUCUCCUGAGCUCUGCAGCUCAGCCUGGCCAAACUGUGACUAAAGAAAGUCAGAUGUUGGAUGCUGAGCGGUCCAUCGGCCCAGCAUCAUUUGCGACCGGCCCUUGGGAGAUUGCAUCUCAGAGCUAGGUGAAUUUAGUUCCUUGCAAGAGAGAGAACAACAUGGCUGCCGACCAGGGACCCAAGUCGGGAUUUGGCUUCCGGCUCGCACCUGCUCUGGAACUCCCCAAGAACAAAGCAGGGGGUCAGGAUCCGGCCUGCCCCGGAGCAGGAAUCGGGAAGCCACCACGUGUGCUUCAGGCUGGAAGCAUCUGGGGCUUCCUCCACAAAAUCCCAGUGGACCAGGUGAAACCAGAACCAGGAGAGGCCACCCUUCAGCGCUGGGAAACCCAGUGGCAGGAGUUCCUGAGGAAAAUCGAGUCUCAUCCUUCCUCAGCCUGGGGGCUCCCACAGUUACCAGUGGAGCCCACGCCCUGGGAGGACACGGAGGGGUUUUUGGCCUCCUUUGAGCAAGUGGCCGAAGCCUGCCGGUGGCCCCGGGACGAGUGGGUGGCCCGCCUCCAGCCGGCCCUCAGCGGAGAAGCCGAGUGGGCCUUUCGAAGCCUGGAGGCCGGAGACAGAGAGGAUUAUGGGAAAGUGAAGGCAGCCAUCUUGCGCGGGGACACCAUGAGCAGGGAGGAGCAGCGCCAGCGCUUCCGGCGCUUCUGCUACCAAGAGGCCGAGGGGCCGCGAGGGGCCUACGGCCAGCUCCAAAAACUUUGCCAGGGGUGGCUGAAGGUCAAGAGGCGCUCGAAGGAGCAGAUCCUGGAGCUGCUGAUCCUGGAGCAGUUCCUGACCAUCCUGCCGCCGGAGAUGCAGAGGUGGGUCAGGGGACAGGACCCAGAAAGCUGCUCGCAGGCGGUGGCCCUGGCCGAGGAGUUCCUGCAGAUGCAGCAAGCGGCCUCUCGGAGCCAGGAGCAGCAGGCUCCAUCCUUGCUGUUUUUCCAGGCUGUGGCAGAAGUGGUCGCCCCACUUCCAGCAGAAGAACAGGCUCUGUCUGGUGCCAAGGAGUUGAGGAGGCCCAAGCAGGAACUUGAUGGUGGAGCAGUUGGCUCCCUCAUGGACCGAGACGCCAGCCAACUGGAAGAGAACAGCACCAUCAAGUGUUUUCAGCUAGGAGGUCCUCGCUCAGAAGACGUGCUUCAGAUCUCGCCAGGAGGAUCCCGAGAGAGCCUCUCCUUCCCAGCGGAGAUUGGAGGUGCUAGGCUGGUGCACGAGCAGGGCGGGGAACUUUUGGGGGCUCCCCCGACAAAAUCGGGACGUUGGAACGAAGAAGGAAUCUGCAGCCCACAAGAGGGAGCGGAGAGGUGGGCCAAAGACUCGGCGCAGGGGUGGAAGAUGAACCCAACGGCUAUUCCAGCCGGCGACCUUUGCCAAACACUGGCUCCACAAAGACUGCACAAAGGAGCGGGAAGCAGACAGUGCCCUCUGUGCGGGAAAGUUUUCACGACACAAUCCAGCGUCAAGAGACACCUGAGAAUCCACACAGGGGAGAGGCCGUAUAAAUGCUCCUAUUGCGGGAAGACCUUUAACCAGAGAGUAAUCCUAACGAACCACGAGAAAAUCCACACGGAGCGGAGAUCGUCCCAAGGCUCCGACGGUGGGGAAGGCUUCAGGAAAGAAGCCAGCAUCCCUGGAAAUCAGAGAAUAUAUUUGGUUACUAGUGAUGACGACGCUAUACCCUGCUAGGGAGGCGGCCCGUAUCCCAUUUAUGGGCUUCCCAUUGGUUGGCCACUGUGGCAGACAAGAUGUUGGACUAGAGAGGCACUGAAGCCUAGUACGCCUUACGGCACCACCAUGAGGAGUAAUGCAUUUACUGCAGUGUAAGCUUUUGUGAGACUGGAAUCCACCCAGAAAAAACCCCCACAAUAACUUGAUUGAGCCUUUAAGGUGGCAAAAUACUUCCCCCCUCGUUUUUGCAACAGCGGCUGGAGGGAGGAAUGUGAAAAUUCUCCAUUGUACAGUGGGGUGGUUUCGAUAGCACAGCCCUCUGUGCUCCUUCCAGAAAAGUCAGAGGGCGUCAGGGACCCACAGGACAAUGACGACUGGGGAAUGUGGGGGCUGGAGUCUGACUCGGGAGAGGGGGGACAGUGGUUUGUGGGGAUCUGCACCAGCCAGGAGGCAAGAGUCGGAGGAAGGGGAAGUGUUGGGAGUUGGAGCACGGGAUGUUUCGGGAGGAGAAAGAAGCGGGGGGCUGGGAACUUCCACACCCUCUCCUGCGUCACUGUCCCCCAGAACCAGGAGGGGAUUGAAAGGAGAGGAGCAGAGGAAAUUGCAGGCAUAGUCUCCAGCUGCGUGCAUGCAAGCAAUUGG